AAGUUUUCAAACAAUCCAUGGGGAGAUAUGAUCAUGUGAAAGCAAGUCUACCCCAUGAUCUAUGAUCCUUUCUUCUGUAAAUCAUGUAAUGGGUGAAAUGGAUCAAUGAUGUGGGUCAUGAUUGUCCAUUAUUAGGUGUAAAAGAUGAAAACUUUUUGGAAAAAUUACAGCGAUGAUCACGCGCCAGCAUGGAAGACAUUGUAGAGGAUAUUGCCUCUUCUUCAUUUCUUCCUUUCUUCUCCCCCACCUUCAUGCGUGUCUGACUAUUCUCUGAUACAAAAUUUGUCUGAGUUUGAAAUACCCAUUUUCAAUCGAAGCUCCUUCGAGCAAGAAAAGAAACCCUCUUCUUUAGCUUUUUUUUUUUUUUUUUUUUCCUUCUCAAACCGAUACUGGGUUUCGCGUUUUGUAUCGUUUUGGGAAUACCCUUCUUGUUUUCCUGUGAUACGAGUUUUUUUUGGCUUUGAAGUACCUAAGAAAUCCUUUGUUUUCUUGACCCAGAUUUUUUUUUUGGGUCGAUCUUUUGUGGGUUUGUGUUAGAAGGGUUUGUGGGUUUGAUGGAGCUUCUUUAUGAACAUGGUGGACGAUUUGAUUCUGUGAUGAUUAGCUGACUCUUCUUUUGGCCCUUUGGUGUGGUGUUUUGAUUGCUUCUAGGGUUUGACGUUUUCUUGGCUUUGGAGUUUUGUGGUUCUGGCUGAGUUAUUUUGAGGUGGAACUUGAAUAAUACUUGGAAACUGAAAAGUAAAAUGGGUGUGAAGGGCCAUCAAAUUGCAACUCAUCACUCACCUAAUGCCAAAGUAGAAGUAGGAGAGAUUGACACUAGUGCACCUUUCCAGUCUGUUAAAGACGCCGUCAACUUGUUUGGUGAAGGUGCUUUUUCGGGAGAACGACUAAUUGUGAGGAAGGCGAAGCAACCUCAUUCUGCAGAGAAAGUGUUUGCAAAAGAGACUCAACUCCACUUAGCUGAAAAGGAACUGAGCAAAUUAAAGGAUCAGCUAAAGAACGCUGAAAUUACCAAAUCUGAAGCGCUUGUUGAGCUUGAAAGUACUAAAAGAGCUGUUGAUGACCUAACCAAGAAGCUGCAAUUGCUGAGGGAAUCAAAAGAAUCAGCCAUCAAGGAUUCGGAAGUUGCCAAGGCUCGAGCAAAGCAGUUUGAGGAGGCAAAUGGAAGUAAUCAUUCAGGAAAUGAUUAUGGUUGGAAACAAGACUUAGAAACUACACGAGACCAGUACAUGGUAGUGAUCGGAGAAUUAGAUGCUGCAAAGCAAGAAUUGAGGAAAAUUCGUCAAGAUUCUGAUGCAUCUUUGGAAGCAAAAGUAGUUGCAUUGAAACAGGUGGCGGAGGCUGAGGAAUCAGUCAAAACACACAAGCUGAAAGCAAAUGAACUUUCUAAGGAAAUUUUGGCUGCACGGGAAUCCAUUGAAAAGCUCAAGCUUGCAUCCCUGCAAGCACAUAAAGAGCAAGAAAAAAUAUUUGUUGAGAAAGACAUCCAGAGGCAGUCUUAUAAAGCAGCUCUUGAGGAGUCCGCAAAAAAACUGUUUUCUUUGCAGAAGGAAAUUGACCCUGAUCUCACCAGGAAUCUCGAAUUGCAGUUGAGCGAGACGAUGAAUGAAAUUGGGAAACUGCAGAAACAAAUGGAAGAUAAAAAAGCGUUGGAUUUAGAUUCAGUGAAGAAUGUCACCUCAGAGCUUGAUGAUGCAAAAGAGUCCCUACAAAAAGCAGCUGAAGAAGAAAGAUCUCUCCGUAACCUGGUUGAAGCUCUUAAGUUGGAACUGGAAAAUGUGAGGAAAGAGCAUUCUGAGCUCAAGGAAAAAGAAGCUGAAGCAGAAUCUACUGCUGGGAAUUUGCAUGUCAAGCUCCGGAAGACCAAAUCUGAACUCGAAGCAUACCUUGCAGAAGAAUCUAAAGCAAGAAGUGCUUGUGAAGAGAUGCUCUCAACUCUUGACCAACUGUCGUCAGAAACUGAAAAUGCUAGACGGGGAGCAGAAGAGAUGACAAAUAAAGCAGAGGAUUUGAGGAAGGAAGCAGAAGGCACCAGAAUAGCAUUGGAAGAUGCUGAGAAGCAGCUGAGAGUUGCACUAGAUGAAGCUGAAGAAGCAAAAGCUGCUGAAGCUAGGGCCCUUGAUCAGAUUAAAGUACUAUCUGAGAGAACCAAUGCUGCACGAGCUUCGACAUCUGAGUCGGGGGCUAACAUCACUAUCUCAAGGGAAGAGUUUGAGUCCUUAAGCCGUAAAGUUGAGGAGUCUGACACAUUAGCAGAAAUGAAAGUAGCUGCUGCAUUAGCUCAAGUUGAAGCUGUGAAGGCUGGUGAAAAUGAAAUUCUAAAAAAGCUAGAAGCAUCCCAGAAGGAAAUUGAGGAUAUGAAGACUGCAACUGAGGAAGCUUCAAAGAAAGCCAAAAUGGCAGAAGCAGCUAAGAAAGCCGUGGAAGGAGAACUAAGAAGAUGGCGUGAGCGAGAGCAGAAAAAAGCGGUCGAAGCAGCAUCAAGAAUUUUGGCUGAAACAGAGGUGUCUUUGGAAUCAUCUCCAAGCCACAAUAGGAUUCAAAAGCAGAGCACAACUGUGAAAAGAGUUGAGUCCAAAAAAUUGGAGAAAGAUAAAACCUUCUCAAAGAAGGUACUUUUACCAAACCUUAGCGGCUUAUUUGUUAGGAAAAAGAACCAGGUUGAUGGUGGAUCGCCCUCCUACUUGCCUGGUGAGAAAUCUGUGUGACAUUUUCUUUUGCAUGACUUUCAUUUUACUCUUAGUAGUCAGGUGGGGGAGCAUAUAAUCAUUGUGUGUACAUUUGUUGCCUGUAAAUUUGUGCUCAGGUAACCAAAAAUGACCUUAUAAGCAACAUGGAUGAGUGAUUUUGUAUAUGGGCUGGUUUGUUAGAUUAUUGAUCAAAGCAUAUAUUGUAUUGAGAUUUUCUAUCUGCUAUCGGAAAUUUGUUUGCUAAUCAAAGUAUGAUUAGAUCUUUGAGCUGAAAA